AACUGAACGAGCAAUGAGACCUCUGCUUCUACUCGUUGCUGUAGUCUUGUGUGGCCUGCUGGUGUCAGGAUUUGCGGCACCACAUGCAGGUAAAUCAAGUGGAAACCCUAAGGAUGAUGCAGGCUCAUUUGCAAGGCAAGACACUGAAAUUCCCACUGGAAGGCUCGGCCUGCAAAGCGGAGCUAGCAAAGAUCGGGAAGCACCGGAAACCGGCUCGACAAUAACUGAUGGAAGGUGCGGCGAUUCGGAGCACGAAGAACAAGGUCAGAAAAAGGAGACUGACAAUGUUGCGAGGACAACACGUGACGUCGGAAACAUGAAUAUGCCAGGGCAAGUUUCAUCUCGAAACUGAGUUGGAAGUGUUAAAGCGAACUAGCAACAAGCCUAGCGCAUUGCCUUCUAGCCAAGUAGGCGGCACCUAUGACCUGAUCUCGUGCUAUGAGCGACGUUCACUAAUGUCUCCAGUCUAAUAAACAAAGCUUGCUACCUAAACUGUAGCAAGGCGUAGCACGUUUUCCAGCGAAGCUACGCAGCGCCUUCACUAUUCUUAGAAAAAGCAUAAAGAGAUUAAAUUGGUGCUGCUGUUGCCUGUACUUUCUUUAAGCACCAACUACAAGGCGCAAGGGUGUGUAGAAAAUAAAAUAUAUAUG